UGUAAACCCGCUCUUAUUCGCCUGUUAUUCCAUAAUUUCUUGUCAUACUCGUAUCUUUCACACGAUUCCUGGGAACAAAAGCGCUCCUUUACUUCCUAAGCUCACAAAAGUGGCGAAAGCUGGACAUAUGAUCGAUUGAAGUGCAUUUUAAAGUUUUUUUAUUGCAUUUGUGGACCUGUCUUCACUGUGUUUUCCCUCAGAGAAUUUUUCACAAUGUUGCAGUAUUUAUUUACGAUAUUUCUGGGCUGUAUGUCCAUGCUACUCUUCUGUGCGCUCUGCCGACGGAGGCGGAAGGAAGGUGAGCCCCCACUCAUCAAAGGCUGGAUUCCAUUCCUCGGGAAAGCUUUGGAAUUCAGAAAAGACUCUCAACAGUUUCUCACUAAACUACAGCAGGAGCAUGGAGACAUUUUCACUGUACUUAUAGCUGGGAGAUACAUAACAUUUGUGAUGAACCCUCUUCUGUACCCAUCUGUGAUCAAACAUGGGAAACAGUUGGAUUUCCACACAUUUUCAGACAGUGCUGCAUCAAAAGCAUUUGGUUACCCACCAAUGAGGACUGAUCACUUCCCUGGAAUGAGUGAUAGCGUUCAUAGGACCUACACCCUGCUACAGGGUCCCGCUCUCGACUCGCUCACAUUCAGCAUGAUGGGAAACCUGCAGCAGGUCCUGCGACGGCUUUUUCUGUCCAGUGAGGGGGCAGAGCCCCAUGGUGAUUGGCAGGAGGCAGAGCUGUAUGAUUUCUGCAAAUGUGUAAUGUUUGAGGCCACGUUUAAAACACUGUAUGGACAGUCACCACACUUGAAGCUGGAUCAGCUGCGAGAGGACUUUGAGAAAUUUGACGCCUUUUUCCCUUUAUUAAUGGCCCAUGUGCCCAUCAGCUUGCUGGGGAAAACCAAAGAGAUCCGUGAGAAGCUUAUAAGAUUUUUCUACCCUCAUAGAGUGGCACAAUGGAAUGCUCCAUGUGAAUUCAUACAGGCCCGAACGGCCCUUUUUCAGCAAUAUGAUACACUUAAAGACCAGGAUAAAGCAGCACAUCAUUUUGCCAUGCUGUGGGCAUCAGUGGGAAACACCAUCCCAGCAGCUUUCUGGUGUCUUUACCACCUCCUUUCCUGUCCAGAAGCCCUUGCUGCAGUGCGGGUAGAGAUUGUGGAUGUGGUUGGAGAGGAGAAAAUUCAGUCAAUCUGUAAAGAGGACAUCACGAUAACACGGGAACAGCUAGAGCAAAUGAUUUACCUGGAGAGUUCAGUAAAUGAGAGUUUGCGUCUCUCCUCUGUAUCGAUGAACAUCCGUGUGGUUCAGGAAGAUUUUUGUUUGCGUCUGGAUGCCCAAUAUUCCAUCGCCCUGCGGAAAGAGGACAUCAUAGCUCUUUACCCUCAAACCACGCACCUUGACCCCGAAAUAUACGAACAGCCUCAGCAGUUCCAAUUUGACCGAUUCGUGGAGGACGGGAAGGAGAAAACAGAGUUUUAUAAAUCCGGCCAGAAAGUCCGGUACUACCGUAUGCCAUUCGGUUCCGGGGCCACGCAGUGUCCGGGGCGUUUUUUUGCAUUGAAUGAGCUGAAACAGUUUGUGUGUGUGAUGCUGCUCAUGUGUGAUAUGCACUUGCCACACAGCCAGCAGGAGGCGACGCUGGACACCAGCCGUGCUGGUCUUGGCAUCAUGCCACCUGCCAAUCAAAUCCCUUUCAGAUACAAAACCAGAUAUUCACAGGAGAGCUUUCAGAGAGAAUGAACUGAAUGAUGGGGGUGAGGGGAGAGAUCUGAAAUAUACGAACAGCCUCAGGUAACACACAUCUAAAGCUGCCCAGACCAGACCAGACCUCUUUCUAAAGCAUGCAUUUUUUUUAAAAUUAUUAUUAUUUGAUAAUUUUUUUAUUGAGAUGGGGGGGUCUGGGGUCUGAACUAAUUCUGGGUUCAUUAAAAACAAUAAAAUAACGCAAUUUCUGUAGUGUACCUUUAAGAAUAUAUUUUGGAAUUUAUAUUUAGCAAAAUGUAGAGCUUUCAACACAACUUUUAAAACACAUUUUCAUAUUUUAUCUUGUUCCUGGGUGUAAAUCACACAUUGUAAACUCAUAAAGGGACAAAAGCUGCACAUGACAGAAAAUUAUGUCUUAAGAGCAGCUUUUUAAUCCAAACUAACUGCUGUUUUAACUGUGAUUUUAGCACUUAACAUUAAAAGGCAUAUAUUUCUGCCUUUUAACUUUACAAAGCAUCCACCCCAGAAUUUUAUCAGGAUUAAUGGACUGUUUUAAAAUGCAUGUUGAAGAGUAAAUAAAUAAAUGUAUAUU